GUGUUUCAGAUAUGCUGACUCUUGCUAAUAGGUUAAUCUUGUGCUUAAUAUUUCUCCCUCUGUUACCUCAUGCUCCAAAAGAGCAAAGUUUUGGAAAUGAAAAUUGCAGAUCUACAAUUUUUAUUUCUAUUUAUCUCUCUUAGCAUUCUCCGUCGGAACCCUUUUUAGAGAAACCAGUGCCGGAUAUGACUCAGGUUAGUGGACCGAAUACCCAGCUAGUGAAAAGCGAUGAUUAUCUGCCGUCAAUUGAGCCGCAGCCACAGCAAAAGAAAAAGAAAAAGAAAAACAAUCACAUUGCUGCAGAAGGUCCCAGUAAAGGUUUUGGUAAGGAAGACUUUCCUGGGGGACUUGACAGCCAGAAUCUAAGCAGAAACUCAGUGGAUUGCUCCCAAGAAGACAAGAAGAAAAAGAAAAAGCCCAAGGCAAAAAAAGAACCGAAGGAUCCUAAAGAACCCAAGGAAAAGAAGGAACCCAAGACCCCCAAAGUCCCUAAGACCCCUAAAGAGCCAAAGGAAAAGAAAGCAAAAAAUACAACACCAAAACCCAAGACCAGCAAAAAGGCUAGCAGCAAGAAGCAAGAUUCAGAAGCUGGUGCUGCGAAGAAAAAGGUUAACAAGGGAAAGGAAGGUUCUGAAAACUCAGAUUUGGAAAAAACUCCACCACCAUCACCUCAUCCUGAAGAUGAAGAUGAUCCAGGAGUUCAGAAACGACGCUCCAGCAGGCAGGUGAAGAGGAAGCGUUAUACUGAAGACCUGGAGUUCAAGAUUUCAGAUGAGGAGGCUGAUGAUGCUGAUGCUGCUGGAAGAGACUCUCCUUCAAAUACUUCUCAGUCAGAGCAACAGGAAUCUGCUGAUGCUGAAGGUCCCAUUGUGGAGAAAAUCAUGAGUAGCCGUUUAGUCAAGAAAAAGAUGGAGAAUGGAGAGGAAGUAGAAGUAGAGGAAUUCUAUGUAAAGUACAAAAACUUUUCUUACCUUCACUGUCAGUGGGCAUCUGUGGAAGAGCUGGACAAAGACAAGAGAAUUCAGCAGAAGAUUAAGCGGUUUAAGGCAAAACAGGGCCAGAAUAAAUUCCUUUCUGAA